GACGGCACUGAGGAUCUCUAUACAGCAUCGAGCAUGCCUAGCCUGUUGGAAGAAAAAUCAACUGACAAACUGUUGAACUCUCUGAAACCUCGUACUUUAGUCGCUUAGCUGUUUGUUUGCUCUUACCUAUCUGCAAAACUACGGUUUCCGAUUCAACAAGCCAUGGAGGCAGAAGAUUGCGAGAUGGAAAGCUCUAUUCCUUCGCUUCUUCUGAGUUUAAUGAAGUCUAAGCAGAUGGAAGUGCUUUCUGCAGAAGACAUUGCUUGGGUUGACUCCUGCCUGGUCAAAGAUCCUGAAAAUUCAAAUGGUAAUUGGGAUUCUCUAAAAGAUGCCUUACUAGAAAUCCUCAGCUCCCAACCCGAAUCAUUAGACUCCUCUGCUUCUGUAAGUGAUGGCUUUCCUGAAGGAACUGAUGUUGAAAUACUUCCUUCUAAUGAGGAGGCGGAAACUGUGCAGUUCCAAGGAAGAACCGAGAAUGAUCUUGUUCUCAUUAAUGAAGAAGCAAAAACAGAUGGUUAUGAUUUUCCAAUCGAGUUGAAGAAUAAUACCUUGCAGUCAUUAGCUUUUGAGGGAAAUCCAUUUCUCCCGACUUACACUGAAGGCCUGAAAGAGAGUAAGGGUAUUGAAUCAAAGCUUGAUUUGGGUUCUUCGGCUUAUGAGAUGGAGCCAUCGACUGGAGAUAUCUUCAGGGUCUGGGAUUUGGACAUUCCAGCUGAGGAAGACGAACUUGAUAAACAAUUGAACAAGGCCCUAGCAGAAAUUUCUUUUGAAUCGAUACCAUCAACUUCUAACGAUUCAGGGGUGUGGAAAGAUUUGGAAGAAGAGCCUCUUUUUAAUCUAAUUGCUGGCAUGGCAGAUCUCUCUUUAAAUCAAAAUUUUAGGUAAAGAAUUGUGUAAUCAUCUGUUUUUUUUUGCGCACUCUGAUGCUGACAUUUGGUUUCGAGUUGUUCUGUUAAGAGUUUGAUUGAGGAAUUUGAAUUUCCCUGUAAAUCGAAGCAACCAUGUGUUCAAAAACAAUUAACAGAUUCAUAAUUUAGAUAAAAUCCAGCUUAAACAGUUCAUUAA